CAACCCUGAUUGUAAGUAAAAGUAAAUUCAUGUGGUGUGUGUGGUGCAAGGUUCAGAGAUAGGUUCAUAAUAUCAAGGUUAAUAGGUGCCUUAAUCUAUUAACCUUUUGUGUGGUGUCCUAGAAAAAGAAAAUUAUGCAUAUGCAUGGCAAGUGCCAUAUCACAGUAUAGGAGGAAUUCUCCUAUACUGUGGCCAUAUUUACUUACAGUACAGUAGUGAUAGUGAUUCAUGAGAGAUCUGAAUAUCUACUAAGAUGGAAAUAUAUUCAUACAUAAAAAUGUUGUAAUGUAGCAAAUACAUAUUUACCAGUUGAUUAUACUAUACUGUUUACUAUUUAUUAUAAAAGCAGAAGGAAGACAAUAUGGCACAGUCUGGCCCAAAGGAUGAUAGGAAUUUAUUAUCCAACACAGUAAAAACUGAAAGUCUUAAUGAUGAUGUUUCUACUCCUGACAACAAUUUCAGUGGGAAAGCCAUAGACUUUCAAUUUUCUAUCCAGCCAAAAGUUGAACAAUGUGAAAUAAAAGAUGAAGUUGAGGAAUUAGAAUUUGUGGGAGAAGUUAUCGAGUUUUCUGAAAAUGAACUGUCUGAUUUAGAAGAAAGUCAAGAACCUGAAUCAAAGGAAUCAUAUUUGUGUGAACAAUGUAAUGUGGAAUCUUGUUACAAAAAACAUGACUUGCACGCAGAUUUUAUCCGUAUUACAACCAAACCAUUAAAUCAAUCAAAUCCAUAUGAAUGUGCUAUAUGUAGCAUAAAGAUUCUUAAUCCUACGAUAGCCUUAUUUCAUUUGUCCCUGCAUGACAAAGAUAGUUUCAGGUGCUAUAAAUGCGAUUGCAUUCUGCUAGAAUUUUCUGAUUUUUUGGAGCAUAUCGAGAAACUUCAUUCUAAAGACAAGGAUUAUUAUCGAUGUGUCGAGUGUAAUUUUGUGACCUUCUGGCAUGUCCAGUAUAUAACCCAUAAAAAUAAGUUUCAUAAGCCAAAAGUGUUUCAUAAAUGCAAACUUUGUGACGAAUUGUGGCCAACCAGAAAUCAUAAUUUACAUGAGAAGAUGUUACAUAUUAGAAGCAAAUAUGGAAGGAAUCCAUAUGUGUGCAAGACAUGUGAGAUCGAAUUAGUUGACCCCGAUGAAAUAUAUGAUCACUUAAAGAUACAUGGUGAUAUAGGAAUAUUUUGCAGUUUUUGUGCCUUUACUUCCGAAAAUCUUAAAGAUCUCGACAGUCACAAAAAAGAUAAGCAUGCAGAAGAAAUUGAAAAACAAAGAAUUCUACGGGAAAGCUGUAAAGAAUAUAUGGGGAAUGAUAAUGAUGUAAUAUGUGAAUUAUGUAAUAGAUAUUGGCCAGAUAAAUAUCAUAAAAAUCACGAAAGGAUGAUACUAAUUGAAAAACAAGUAACAGAAGAUAAGCCGUAUAAAUGUAAGACAUGUAACGAAAAAACCUGUGACCUACGAGAAGUUUAUAAACAUGUGAAUCGGUAUUGUAUGUAUACGAUUAAAUGUCCAUUUUGUUCAAAAAAGUUUAGAGUGAGGACAGUUUUAGAUAACCAUAUUAUAAGAGAGCAUCCAGAUAAAGAACACGUAAUGGGUAACCGUCUUUUAAAAUGCAAGCUUUGUGAAUAUACAACAGCAGGAAAUACAAAUUUCAAAAAUCACUUAAAUACCCACAAGAGUAUGGAAGAUAGACAACAAUAUAACUGUAAUGAAUGUGAUUUUACAACUACGUUGUCCACUUACUUAAAAAGACACAGACUCUCUAAGCAUCCAGUGGAAUCUGAUAAACGUUAUACUUGCGAUAAAUGUUCUUACAGUUCACAUUUAAUAUCACGUAUAAAAAGACAUUUUAAGAUUCAUGUAACUAAUGAAGCGUUAAAAUGUGAUAUUUGUAAUGCUUUAUAUACACGCGAAAAUAGUCUGCAACGCCAUAAAGCCAAGCAUUUUCAAGAAGAGCCGAAAAAGAAAGAAUAUGUAUGUGAAAUUUGCGCAAAAGUUUAUCGUUUUAAAGUUAGUCUAGUUAGUCAUCUGUAUCAUGUCCAUCAGCAAGGUGAAAUGAAGGUCUACAUGUGUUAUUCAUGCAAAUAUAAAAGUUACAACAAAUGCAAAUUCAUUUUACAUACCAGAAUUCAUAUGAAACAACAGGAAUUCUUUUAUUGUGCCAAUUGGGAAUAUAAAACUAUUAGAAAAAUGAAUCUCAAGCAGCAUAUGGUUAAACAUGCGGAUUCAUCGAAAAUGCAAUUGUACAAGUGCAAAAUGUGUUCUUUUAAGACAAAACGACCUCAUACUUUAAGAAAUCAUGUUAAAUAUACUCACGGUACAUUUUAAUAAUUAUCUAAUAUGCAGUAACAGCCACGCUACUAGACAACGGGUACAUUGAUCUAAGACAGUCAUGGACCCUUCACUUGUUUACUUUUAUGUCUAGUGACAGGCGCGGAUACGGGGGGGUCAACGGGUCCAUGGACCCCCCUAUUGUAUUUAGUCUAUAAGUAUUUUUUUAUUAUCUAUUAUUUUUUUCUGUUAGCUCUAAGCUUUAAGCCAUCAGUACAACACUAAAUUACAUGAAAACCGCUUCCAAAGAAUCGAAAGAAGCCAUAAAAUCUAAUAAAACACCCUUCUCUGAAAAAUAAUCUGCAGGCGCAUUUGUUUGGGUACCGGUGGAACCCGGUUGAAAUUUUUGUUAUAAUAAAUAAUAGUUAUAAGUUAUUAACAUUUAUAAAUUACUGCAAAAAUAAGGGAUUUUUGCAAUUAUCUCCAAUUGUUUAUGUAUUUAAAAUUAGAAACUAUUAAGAUCUAGAAUAUUUAUUUGAAACAUUUUUCUCUAAAAUCUACAAGGAAUGUUUUAUAGGCAAAAACAUGAUUUUUUACACUUUAUAAUCGUUUAAAAACAAAACAAUGUCGGAUAUUGAAGCAAUUGAGAACGAGAAAAUGUUUUAAUGUGCUUUAAGUAUGUAGAAAUACUGUAAGUUAAAAAGGUGCAAAAUAAAUUUCUCCUGUUUUAAGAUUUUAAUAUAAAUACUAUUUUUAGUUUGGAAUUAUCUUCUAUAUCAAAAUAAGCCACAAUCCUUCAGUAUUCACUAUUCAGAUUCAGGUAGAUACAUUUUACUCCCAAAAUCAUAAUAUAAAAGGACAAAGGACUGGUUAUAAAAUUAAUAUCGGUAAAUCCGUAUCCGUGGUUAGCACAUUGUGUCACAAGCUAGUAAAAGUAAUGAAUUCUUGAAAAUUGACCAAACUCCGUUGCCAAAUCUAUCCGCUAAAAAAAUUUUCUAAUAAUUUUGAUUUUUCGGUAGAAAAAAAAAUCGGCAGAUUAAUUUGAAAAUUAAGAAUUUUGAUUUUUCGGUAGAAAAUAAGAGAAUAGCAGAAUAGGAGAAUUAGGUAGAUCGGUAGAUUUGACAGGUAUUUGGUAGAGCUACCGAAAAAUCGGUGACUGUGGCAUCGCUGUAUUUGAGGUAAGUCUGUCCCCCCCCCCUAUUAUGAAUUUUUAGAUCCGCGCCUGUCUAGUGACAUCUAGAACGUCAUAAAAUCUAUAGAAACCAAUAUAAACAUAGAAAGCUAACAGUUUAUACGUUUAUAGAACAGUUGUAUUUGAAGUUUAUAAUUGACAUUGUGCUGUAAAAAUUAUAAAUAUAUUGUAAAAUUAUAAAAUUGUAAAAUUAUAAAAGUAUUGUAGUAUUGUUAUUAGUGUUCGAAUAAAAAUGUUUUAAAGCAGAGUAACAAUACUAUUAAUUAAAGUAUUUUUUGUAUGAAAAAACAAUUAUUUUGAAUAGUUUCAUAGCAGUCACAUGACAUGAUAGACAUGAAAGUAACAGGUGAGAACGGACCGGAUUAGCCCAAGCCUAGCAAUUAGGUGCCCGUGUGUCUACUAGCGUGACGCUUACUCUAUAUUUAAGCACACGGAGCAGAAUUGAAACAGCGUUGAUCUGAGUUUAAAGGCCAAAUUCUAAAUUUGAUGAUUGUAGAAAUUAUGACGGAGAGUGUUUUGUCUCUCCGGUAUUCAGACAAUGUUACGUUACAUAUAUUGGGACCGUGCAAGUUCGGCAAAGCGACACCUAUUUCUACGUUCUGCAACUUUAUUCGCACUUUUAAUUAUAUUGGCCAAUUAUAUUAGGUCUGGUUACUGGAUAAUUGUCAAGGCCAUAGUCCAAAAAAAUAAUAAGAAGAAAAAAUAAGAUUCAGGUUAUGUUAUUAAAACGUAAACAAUUGUAUGUAGUAAAUAAAAUUAGUUAUUAAAAUGCAGUACUGCGAGCAAAAUACAAUUAAUUAAAUUUACCUUUAUAUAAUAAUUGCAUAUCAUAUCAAUAUUGUGGAGCAACAUAUAAUUUUUUUUCUUCAAUGACAGUAGAUAUGAAAUGUAUGUCAAUUUGACAAUUUCAAUUGACAAUAUGAAUUAUUUAAGAAAGUUGCAAUAUUUCUCCGCUAUUCGCGCACGAUCGUUUCUCAAUUCCCUUCCAAGUACUUGCACACCGCGAAUACCGGGUGGUGAAUCGUAAAACGGGCCAUAGGAAACUCAAUGUAAAAUUCUAAACUGUUGAAUUCGUGCUUCCCUAAUUAUUUUACAUCAAAAGUCAUGAGAGAAUAUUUGUAGAGAAUUGAAAUCUAUAUUAAAAUCAAAAGUUAAAAUUGUUCUACGAUUUAAACGCAUUCCAAAAUUUUGAAAAUUAUAAUACAUUUGCCACAGUAGGUAUGUGUGUAAAAGUUAGGCUACACGUUACUAUUUAACUGACAGUGCUCACACCAUUGACUGAAUAAAAAAUCUUUAUUAUUAAUAUUUUCUCCUCAACUGAGGGUAUCUUAUCAACUGUAUUGUUUUUGAACAAUAAAUGAUAAAAAUAUUGACAGUUCAGAAAUGUGAAAAUAAUAACUUCAUUGUGACACAUUAUUGCACUGUGUGUGGCCUAAUUUUGGGCUGAAAAACUAAAAAAUGUAUUACAUUUUUACAAAAUUUUGAAAUAUGUUAGAACAAUUUCAACAGUUAUUUUUUCAAUACAGAUUUCAAUCCUCUACAAAUAGUUUCUAAUGUCCUUUGAUGUAAAUUAAUUAGGGAAGCAGGAAUUCAACAGUUUAGAAUUUUACAUUGAAUUUCCUAUGGCCCGUUUUCCAAUUCACCACCCGGUAUAUAUAACACCGGUUUAUAGCCUCCUGUGCUUUCCGGUUCCUAGGCUCCAGCCGCAUCGAUCUGUCCAAUUUUCCUGGUCGGAGAUCUCUCCCAGACAUGGCUUUCUGGAUUCCACUUAUCCAGGUUGUUUUCAGUCUGCCCUUUUUCCUUCUUUCCGGAGGUUGCCAUUCCAUUAUUAGCUUUGGGAGUCGAUGUUCCUCCAUUCUUUGUACAUAUCCAUACCAACACAGUUGUUUUUGUUGGACUUCUUCAGUUAUUCAGUUGCCAGGUUUCACAUCCAUAUAGUACCACGCUUUUAAAGAUGCUAUUAUAUAGCUGUGUUAUCUUUUCUUUUGAUAUGGUUUUUGACCAAAGUAGUGAGUUCAAAGCUCCUGAAGCUCGAUUUUUGACCCUUCGCUUCGUUAUCGAUCAUUCUCUAUCUGUACACUAAACAUACUAAGCGAAUACGUUCGAUAACGAAGCGAAGGGUCAAAAAUCGAGGUCCUGUUACGUUACAUGUGUCUCAUAUAUUUUAAAGUAAUUGUAAAGCUUGGUACACAUAUGCGAGCCGAGCUGUAUGCGAACGUUAUAUUCGUAUAAUUUCGAACUGAACUAACCCUUUCGGAGCUGUUCGUCGCGUGUGUCGAACCAUGGCCUGUCGGUUUUUAAGACGAACACAAAGAGUAUUCGCAGUUCAGUUUUGACCGCGUACAUAGCGAUAAUAUCUUGUUCGUUUUGUUGAAUCGAGAUUGUAUGAACGAGGUGUUCCUAUUCCUAGAGAUAAGAAAUGUGAGAAAUAUAAUCAGAGAGAUAAAGGCAGUUUUUGUUUUUAUUUGAUUCAGAGUUGGAUCACCAUCUCCACAUAGCUAUUUCAUCAUCUAUGCGUCAUCAGUGGAGCUAUGCAGUCACAACUCUAAACCAAGAGUUUACCCUGCCUAUUUAAGGGAAAACGUCGCGAUGAAAUGAUUCCACCUUUUGAGACGCAAAACAGCGACAUCUCUCGUAAUACGAGGAAGACGAAAAGCCCUAGAUACAAAGUUUACUACAUUUAAACAAUUAGAAUAAUUGAAAUAAAAAUAAGAAACAAUAUGUUAAAUACAAGACUUUUCGUUAAGAAACUGCUUUCUGGCUGCAUCCUGUAUCUCCGGCUUUUACAAUAUAUAAGCACAAGAGACGACGAAUAUACAAGAAAGCAAAUAAAGGACACUGGCCACGUAUUUACCUUCUUUUCGUCUAGGAAAAGGACCGAAAGACAGUUUCAGGUACUCAAAUCUGAGUUAAGAUGAAAAAGAUAAAGGCAGUUUUUGUUUUUAUUUGAUUCAGAGUUGGACACAAUAUAAUCAAUUUUUAUUUUACAGUGAUAAACAAAUAAUUACUGUCUUUAUUUACAUUUAGAACGUGACUUUGAGAUAAAAUUACAAAUGAAAUGAAUCAUUUACAUAAACUUUGUACAAUUGUUGGUUCGUAGUUGAUUAUUCGCUUUCCAUGGAUUGUGAUGAGUUCGUUGUAAAAUAUUUUCAACUAACUGUACGCGCGAGCAGUUCGCAAACAGUUCCGCUCUCAUAUGUGUGUACCCAGCUUAAGAAAUGCCAAAUAUAAUUGAAUUUCAAUAAAUACACUUAGAUUGUGUCUGAAUCGGGUGGUGGGGGGGGAUUUUAAUUUAAGAAUUAGGGUUAAGAUGGUGAGCUUUAAGAGUAAACAGUAGCGAUCAACAGGUAGCAAUAAAAUAUAACUUCGGGAGAUAGUAUCAUAAACUUUGGCAACUGUGGUAAUCUUUGACAUAAGAUUAAUAUUUUGACAAUAUCAUAGUCGCGCUAAAUGGAAGUAAUAGAAAACGAUUUUAUUAUUAAUAAAUAGAUAUUUAUAAAAAUAAACCAAAAUGGGUGAAAAUUUUAUGUUAAGAUAGGUAUUUAGAAAGGUAUUUGCAUGAAAUAUAUAAUAGUAAGAAAAUAAUAAAUAAUCAUUUUUUGUUGUGAAGCGAAACAAAUUUCGAUUUUCGCAUAAUUUUGGCACGGUUUUUAAUGGACUUUUUCUUGGAAGGUUUCACUUUAUUCUUUGGUUUGAUUUACUUUUUUCAUUUUGUUAAACUAUUGAUAAUAUUUUUAUAAUAAAAAAUCCUCCUAAAACUUUAUAUACCUACUCGGAUUAGAAUUCGAAAUAUUUUUACGUAAAAUAUACUUAUAGUAUUUUUACUACAAAAGCGAUAUUACGUAGGUCAAAAUUUUUGACGUAAGAGAACUCUCAAAACAUUAGAAUGUGAUUAUUGCCAUGUUUAUAAUAAACAUGGCAAUAAUGUAAAGUCACAUUUUGUAGUAAAAAUACUAUACCUACCUACAUAUAACUAAAACUCACAAUUAACAACAAUCUAUUCUUUCAAAGAGGCCAACAACUUAUACAACAACAACAAAUAUAUAAUAAAUGAACUAUCAAUAAACACUACUUUCCUAUGAAACAACAAAACGAAUUCUUAAAUUAACACACUACUGCACUGAACAGAUCAUAGAAAAAAGUGUUGUGUGAUUUGGUAGAAUGCGAUCUUACCCUUCAAAAAAUAUGUCACGUAUUUCAGCACCUGUUUAAUUGGAAGGAUACUACAAAUCUGGCCUCCACAUAAGUGGUCUGUAGCUUCUACAUGAUAGGUGUGAAAUUUUAAACAUUCUUGCUGUCGAUUGGAUAGGAAGAGUGGUAUAAUCUAGCCUCCAUGCUAGGUACAUCAUGUACAUCAUAGCCUCCAUACGGUACUUCCAAUAUUUAAUAUUUUAUUUAUUCAUGUGGACAAUAAAGGUAAAACACAAACAACUUUUGUUUCUUACUUAUUUAUUUAAACAAUAAUGUGACAUUUUACAUAGAAAUAUGAGUAAUUUGGAUUAAAUAAAUGUUUACUUGUCGAAUUUUUCCACCGUCUGCACACAACAGCUGAACGGAGCCAUUAGACCUAACAACAAAGCGUGAAAUAAAAUGUGUAUUUUAAAACUGUUGGAUAAACAGUACCUACAAUCAGAAAAACUUACCUUUAAAAAGGUACUCGAUUAUGAAAUAACAAAAAUAUCAAAAAACAGACUGAAUAUCAGCUUUUUAUGGUGACACAAACACAUCACAUAACCGACCAUAUAAAAUAAGUGAACGACAACGAACGAACGAACACGAACACAGAUUACAGAUUCACAGAUAGCGCAGGAUUUGUCAAAAGUCAUGUUCCACCAAUCACAAGGCCGACAUCAGCGCCUCUGACUAAAUGGAAGGAAAAUAAAUACGAUUACAUGUUUUUUAUUCGCUGUGUCUAGGUACACGCUAACGUGUACGCAAAUAAAAAAGUUAGGUACACGCGAAUUAAACUUCAUCAAGCCAGUGACGUCAUUAUUUAGCAUACGUAGUGACUUUAUAUUUUGGUACACGCUAUUUUGAUAUGUUUAUUGUUUGUUUGAUAGAAAAAUAUUUAUUAUUAAGGAGAGGGGAAGGGAAGCAGGACUAUUCAGAUGUUUCAAACUUAAUAAUGUAAUAAAUCAAUGUGUAUAUAAAAGUAUUAUAUUCACGUUAGCGAAAUAAAUUUUAGUUGACAUGAAAUGUACAAAAUAUUGUUAAAGAUUUGUUUACUACGUAAGUUAAUUAUACCAGUUUAUAAACUAUAAACCAAUGCUGUUGUGUUUAUUUCUAUUUAUACAGGGAAUUGAACUUGUUACGAUUUUCAUAGAAAAUAUGUUAUAACAUUGUAAAUACCCUAUAUAACAUAAUAAACCUUUAUAUUUUUGUGAUGGGGAAGUUAAGAAGAUUUCGAACAUAAAAUAAAAUAUAGAGUGUUCCAUUAAAAAAAAAACAUAAGUUUGGUCUGCCACUAUGUUAUCGAACGCCCUGUAACAUUUUAACUAAUUUUGUAAUAUGAAGCUCGAAGUUUGCUACAAUUUUUGUUAUUAACUUUUAUUGCUAUCCAUUACUAUAGCGGGUCUACUGAGCUUUAUCACACUAAUCAAUCGGCCUGUAUCUUUUAUCUUAAUACUUCUGCUACCGUUAAUCAUGAAUUUUUGUCUUUGUCUAUCUUUUUCAUACUGUUUUAAAAUAAUGUUAAACUCAUUAAAAUAACUAAAUAAUUGUUCACAUUCCAUAGUUAAUUUAAAAAAACACUAAACAAAUAAAAAAUAAGAAUCUCUUUACUCGUGGCUCGCGGCUCAAGUUAACGUGUAUGUAAAAAACCAGUAACAGUGCACGCUAAAUAGUGACGUCACUGAAUUGAUGACGUUUCGCGUGUACCUAACUUUUUUAUUUGCGUACACGUUAGCGUGUACCUAGACACAGCGUUUUUUAUUAGAGUGAGCGGGGCAUGGAACAGAUAUCGAUAAAGAUGACAGAACAGAUUAGAGAAAAUCUGACGCAGGUUUGUCAAACUGACAGUGAUAAUUUCUCUAUGUUGCCUAAUUAGUUAUUUAGUUAUAAUAUGUUCGAUUUCUUGUUAGAAAUAAAAAAAUUUUAGUAGUUCCAAGAUUACACAAAAUCUAGGCAUGGGAUAAAAAAGUUUAUUUGAAGAAAGUUUUUUUUUCUUCUUAAUGGCGGUACAGGCUCCUUUUUUCAAUAUUUUAUUUAGUUAUAGAGUAAUUUCCACGUACUAACAUAUUUCUGAAAUUGGGCUCUGUACCGCCAUUCUUUAUUUUAUUACUAAUAUGUGUGCGAAAUAUCUCGACAAAAUAUUCAGAAUUUGAGCCGCAAUCUGGAACGCGUUUGUUGCUACCUGUUGAUCGCUACUGUAGCCUAUUAAGGCAGUUUUCUACUUUUGAGGAGUGCCAUAGACAUGCAAAUAUUUAAAUUUAUAUUUAUUUUAAUUCUCGGGUGAGGGGGUGCAGACGAGUUACAUUUGCAUCAAAUGACACAUAUCAACCUCUUUAUAUUUUCAACAAAUUGUAAGAAAAGUAACAUAUUAAGGGCACGUUCGCAUGUAUCGCAUUGACGCGCUUUUACAACUAAUACAUAUACAGUGCGUAAAUCGUUCAGCUGGACAUAGGGAACAUACAUUGUAUACAUUUAAAUACAUAAAUACUUACAUUGUAUUAUAUUGAGAUAAUUGUGGCAACUUCGCUCUCCCAAUGACAAUAUAGUUGUUAGCAUUAAGGGGCAUUAACCUCAAAAUUGACAAUUAAUUUCGGGUGACACAAAUAAACGUCAAAACAUGACAUUGUAGUAGAAGUAUUUUUGAUCUAAUGGGAAAACUGUGUCUGUCUAAUUUGAAAAUUAAUUUUUAAAUAAAAGAUAUUUUAAAAAUUAAAGUAAAAUAAUUAUUAAUUCAUAAGUCAUAAUCUUCGUUUUUGAUUUAUUUAUGGACUGCCUUGCAUUCAAAAGCACUCAUUUUAUUCAUUAUAACAGCUCUAUUGCACCAGAAACUCGUACUCGAACAGAAGUUUCAACUAACACAGCUUAGCGCAGUUGCCACAAUGAUCUCGAUGUAUAUUCCCUAUGUCCAGCAGAACGAUUUACUUACUGUAUAAGAGUAGUUUCAUACUCUUAUUCUUGUAAGAGAUCGCUGUAUGAAUUCAUCUAAAAAAGAGUUUAUUUACAAUAUGUACAAGAUAGAUUAAAAACAUUAAUAUAACUAAAAUAACUUAAAAAUACAAACCUAAAAAAGAGAAUCAAGAACAAUGCUAUUUCUUAUGAGUUUUUGACAACUAUCAAAUAAUUUACAAAACGUCAGUCAAACUACAAACUACAAUUAUAGAGUCAUGCCUCCUAAAACUACAAAUACCCUAAAUUAUCGAAAUGUUGUUUUAUUAAAAAUAAGCAUAGUUUUAUUUUUACAUCCCCCCACCAACAGGUAUGACAAACCAUUAAAGUCUAUGGUUGGUCACAAGGCAUCAAUUUUGAGAUGUGAAAAUAAUUCAUAUCGUUCCUUUUGUAUCCAAUAUCUAUUUCAUAUAACGUAUUUGAAAUUCGUUUCUUUAUUUGAAACGGGCCUAGUCUUAUUUCAUCAAGCUUUUUUCUAUUUAGCUUGGAUUUAUUUUCCACAUAUGCCCAAUCUCCUUCUUUAAAUUCAUAGAAUUUUCUAUUUUUGUCAUACAGUUUUUUGUUAUAUUCAUGAUGUCGUACUGAAUUUUUAUAAGCUAUUUGCUUAUCUUUUGACAAAUUUCUUGUUUCACAAAGUUCCUCGGGAACAAUCGGAUCCGCUUUUCCAAAAAUCAAAUAUUCUGGGCUGUAUCCGGUUACGGAAUGAUCUGUUCUAUUAUAUUCAUCUAUACAUUCUUCAGCUAUUUUUGUCCAUGCUCUACUUCUAGUUUCAUUUAAUUUGCAUCUUAUCCUAUUAACUAAUGUUUGAUUAAGUCUUUCAUUUAAACCAUUUGAAAAUGGGCAGUCCACUGCUGUAAAAACCAGUUGAAUAUUUAACUGUUUCAUAUUAUUUCUAAAUAUUUUGGAAUUAAUUCCCGGAUACUGAUCUGUUAAUAAUGUUUUUAUGGGGUGUUUAUCUUGAAUUUUAGAGAUUAGUUUAAUGAAAUCAUCUGUCGUCUGAUUUUUGGAAGUAACUGCAAAUGCAUAUCUGGUAAAAUGAUCUACAAGUAAGUGGAGGUAUUUUUUUGUUGAACGAUUGCCAGCAAAUCCUCCUAUUGUAUCUAGAGACAUAAUCUCGAAAGGUUCUUUUGCCGGACCUAAUUGUGACAAGAGACCACAUUUUGGACCUACUCUUGUUUUAUUUUUCCAGCAGAUCUCGCAUUUCUGGCAGAUAUCCUUUGCCAGUAAAUCCAAAUUCUUAAUGUAGUAAAAAUUCCUAAUUUUGUUAAUUACUUUACCAGCACAAAUAUGACCAUAAAAUUUGUGAAUUUUUGUUACUAACUCCACUCCAAAAUCCUUGGAUAAUAUUAUUUUUUUCUGGUUCUUCCUCAAUUUAUAGAAUACAUCUUGGUUGAAAAUUGUUCCUAUCAUUUUAUCUAUAGCUUGUCGAUUAUUAUUCUGGUCUUGUUUUAUCUCAGUUAAUGUCACUAGGUUCACUGUUUUUAUAAAUGUUUCUGCAUUUUCUAUAUUUUCCAAAACUGGGUUUCUAGAAAGGCAAUCUGCUUCUACAUUUCCUUUUCCGGGUUCAUAUUUAAUGUCGAAGUCAAAUUGUGAAAGAAAAUGAGUCAUAUCUCCUAAUUCUUCAUCUGGUCUUGUACGAAGUUCUCUUCCCUCAAGGGGCUUAUGAUCAGUAAUAACUACAAAUUUUCUUCCCAUUAGCCAGUAUUGCCAAAAUUUUAAUGCUUCUUUAAUUGCCAGGCACUCUAAAAAAAUUGCUUUUUUGUUUUUCUGAUAUUUGUUCAAUUUUUUUGAAAAGUAAGCCACAGGUUUCAUUUCUCCAUCUUCUUGUUUUUGUUUGAGAACUGCACCAACUCCUAAAAUACUAGCAUCGGUAUAUAUAAUUGUAGGAGCAUUUGGGUCAAAAAUAGCUAGAAUAGGUUCAGAGCAGAGAAUACUCUUUACCUUAUUAAAGGCUGCUUGGCAGUUUAAAGACCAGUGGAAUUUAAUAUCUUUUCUAAGUAAAUUAUGUAAUGGUUCUAAUAAUCUGGCUGAAUCUUUUAUAUAUUUGUGAUAAAAAUUAACUUUUCCCAAAAACUGUCGUAUUUUUUUCCUGGUAUCUGGUGCUGGAAAAUUUCUGAUCGAUAUUAAAUUAUCAUGUAAAGGACGAACUAAAUUGUUUCCCACAAUGUGUCCUAAAUAUUUUACCUCUUUUCUUGCAAAAUUACACUUUAGAAGUUUGAGCCUAAAUCCCUCUUCUAAAAUGGCUUCCAUGAGUCUUUCAAUGUGCUCUAAGUGUUCUUCAAAUGAUAAUGAAAAUAUUAAAAUAUCGUCUAUGUAAUUUAUACAAAAUCAAUUUAAAUUAUGUUUUCUGAUAAUAUUAUUUAAAAUUCUUUGAAAUAUUGCUGGUGAUGUUUUAAGCCCAAAAGGUAAGCAUUUCCAUUGCCAAUGACCAUCUUGUGUAACGAAGGCUGUCUUAUAUUUAUCUUUAUUCCGAACUGGAAUACACCAAAAAGCAGAAUUUAUAUCUAAAGUAGUAAAGAAUUUAGCAUUCCGUGUUUUGGUCAAAAUCUCGUCAAUUAAUGGAAAAUGUUGUGGUUCGGGAACAAUUAAUUUGUUUAAUUCACGAAAAUCGAUGCAUAAUCUUGUUUUAGAUCCUUCAUCUUUUUUAAGAGCCAAUGUAACAGGUGCUGCAAAGGGCGAAGAUGAUUCUUCUAUUAAAUUUGCUUUUAACAAUUGUCCUAUUUGAAAUUCUAUCUCUUUUUGAUCCUCUAUUGAGCAUCUAUAUGGCUUCUUUGCGACAAAUUUAUGUUCUAAAAGUUUAAUUUGAGCUUCAUUAUUUUGAACUUGCCCAAUAUCAAAUUUAUGUCUUGCAAAAAUAUUGUCAUAUUUAUUUAGUAAUAUUUCUAUUUUACUUUUCUGAUCUGGCUGUACAUGUUCUAAUUUUGCUUCAAAAAGCUCUGUGGGAAUUCCUUCAUUAAAGUUUAUUGUAUAUUCAGUCAUAUUAAUAUUGUGAUUAAAUUUUUCAAUCUUCUCUUCAAUAUUUUCAUCUAAUCUUUGAUAAAUUUCUAAAUCAAAAUCUUGUUUCAUUUGAAAAUUCAAAAUAGAAUCUAAUCCAAGUAGAAUAUCAUACUCGAAAUACUCAUCAUUAAUUACAAAAAGAUUAACAUUUUUCUCGAUCUUAUUAAUUUUCAUUUUUGCAGUUAGUUUUCCUGUAAAAUUUGUUCUGCCAUUUACCGUUUUAAACAUAUUCCUAUCUUCCUGAAUAACUAAUCCCAACUUACCUGCUACCUUCGAAUUCAGAAGAGUAACAUUUGAACCUGGGUCAUAGAUUCCACAUAAUUCUCUAUUAUUUAGGAAUACUUUUAAUUUGAUCAAUGGCAGCAAAUUCAGUUUUUUUGGUCGGUUAUCGUUUCAUUUAAUGUCUCCUGUAUAGCAAUAUUAGUAACAUAUUUAAUAUCAUUUGAUUUGUUUUUUUGUAUUGUUUUCAUAUCUUUUUGCUUUAAACGGCACAUUGCCUCUGGGUGAAACCUCCCAGAGAAUCCUUUUUUAUCACAAUAUUGACAACUUUUUUUUUCUUCUGAAAUUUGUUGAAAAUUUGGUUUUGUCUGUGAUUUAUCUUUCUUUCUUAUAACUGAACUUUCCAAUUUUCGUAAUUCACCUAUCAAUUUUUCCAUUGUUGUAACGUCAGCUCUAUUAAUAUUAUUUUGUAUAUGAAUUGGCAAAUUUGUCACAAUUAAAUCGAUUAGUAUAUCACUAGGAAAAUCAUUUUUGACAUUUAGCAAUAAAUUUUCUUUACGAAAUGCAUAAUCAACAAGACUACCAUCUAUAUACUUAAAAGAAUACGCUUUCCUAUGGUUAUGCCAACCUGUUUCACAAAAACUAUCUAAAAAAUUAAUUUUCCAUACCUCAAAACUGUUAUCUAAGCCUAAUGUUAUUAUUUUUGAUUCAAACCAUUCCUUUGCUAUUCCAUCAAGAAACAGACGUAGAAUCAAAAUCUUGUCUUUUUCAGCAUCCACUUCACAUCGCGAACAUUCUGAUUCGAAGGUAUUAAGCCAUGAAUUCAUUGGAACAUCUUUCCCAUUAAAAUUUCGAAGUACAAAAUCAUCUUUUAUUUUUUUAUAGUUUUUCUUUUCAACUUUAAGUAUACCUGUUUUACUAUUUUGGGGCAACUGGACUAAUGCUGGAGAUUGUUCAAUCGCUUCUGUCUUCUCAUACUCUGGUAAUAAGGUCUGCUGUAGGUACUCAUUUUGAUAAAACACAUCACCAUCUGAAUCAAAAUAAAUCAAUUUCAAAUUAUCAUCUAAUGCAAUGGUACAGAUUCGAAAGCAUCCACUUGAUUUCAUAGACGCUAAAAUGUUUUUAACUUUUUUCAAACGGAAUAGUUCAGAAUGAUCAUCUUGAAGUUGAUUUUCAGCAGGCAGUUUAUAAUAAAAAGGGGACCCUGUUGGCUGCAGCCACUUAAAUUUAUACACAUUCUUCUCACUAUCACUACAGCUUGCUUCUACAGCAAUACAAAUUUUCAUCGAUGUAGUAUUCAUCCUUAAUUUGUCCAUAUAACGGCUUGAAAAUCUAUUGUUAUCACUAUUUUCGCUUGGUAAGCUUAAGUUCUUGAUUUAUAAGAGUAGUUUCAUACUCUUAUUCUUGUAAGAGAUAGCUGUAUGAAUUCAUCUAAAAAAGAGUUUAUUUACAAUAUGUACAAGAUAGAUUAAAAACAUUAAUAUAACUAAAAUAACUUAAAAAUACAAACCUAAAAAAGAGAAUCAAGAACAAUGCUAUUUCUUAUGAGUUUUUGACAACUAUCAAAUAAUUUACAAAACGUCAGUCAAACUACAAACUACAAUUAUAGAGUCAUGCCUCCUAAAACUACAAAUACCCUAAAUUAUCGAAAUGUUGUUUUAUUAAAAAUAAGCAUAGUUUUAUUUUUACACAUAUAUAGAUAAAAGUCAUUAUAUUUAUUAUAUAGAGCAUCAUUACAGUUGCUUUCCUGAUGAGAACAAAAGAGUUCGAAAUGGUCCAUAGAAAGAUGGUAGUGAUCUCUGAAUCGAAAUUAAAUAUAAUGCCUUUUAUCUACCCACGGUUUUACUCACGUAUCGAGUACUAGGAAGCAGAUUUGUUGAUCUUUACCUCAUCGGUGAAUUGAUAUGUUGUGGAGUGCAACUAUGUAGACUCCCCAUGUCUAUACAUUCAUUACCCUUUUCCUUGCAAUUUUUAGAAGGAUGGGAAUAGGUAUAAGAGAGAAUCUGUUUCCGAACUAAGAAAUCCAAAGAUUUUAUUAUUUUUAAACAUUUAUUUGUUUGAAAAUGGAGUCUUUUGGGUUUCGACAUUUUGUUAAUACAUAUACAUAUUUUUAUUCAGGCCGUGUAAGAAGUACUCUGCGAAAUGUGUACGCAUCUUUAAAUGUGACUGAAUGUACAUACUUAGUUGUAAAAAGAUUUAUCGCCUUGUAAAUUCCUUAUAUAUUUUGAUUUUUAAAUUUAGCGUUUGGUAUGUGGCAUGUACAAAUUUUCAGAAAAUAAAUUUUGUAUAAGUAUAA